UGGAUGACGUCUACCAACCAACGCAAUUAAGAACCCGUCUGGCUAGAUGGUUCAGCUUAUUGUGAUACAAUAACAACUUCCUACACAACUGAAAUAAAGACACGAUACCAACAACAACAACAACCAUGUCUGUGAAUUAUGCUGCUGGCCUCUCACCGUACGCAGACAAAGGGGUUUGUGGACUACCCGAGGUGUUUGACAGUCCCGAGGAGCUGAAGACGAAGGUGGAGACUCUCGCCCAGUUGAUAAAAGAGUCUCAAUACUUGGUUGUCCACUCUGGAGCAGGAAUCAGCACCUCAACAGGCAUCCCCGACUUCAGGGGUCCAAAAGGUGUGUGGACGUUAGAAGAAAAGGGUGAGUCGCCUCACUUUGACACCACAUUCGAAGAUGCCCGACCCAGCGUGACUCACAUGGCCCUGCUGGGACUGCAGAGGGCCGGCUGCCUCAAGUAUCUAAUCAGCCAGAAUGUGGACGGCCUGCACGUCCGAUCAGGCUUCCCCAGGGAUUUGUUAUCAGAGCUCCAUGGAAACAUGUUUGUGGAGGAGUGUGAGAAGUGUGGCAGGCAGUACGUCAGAGAAAAAGCGAUCGGUGUGAUGGGACUGAAACCGACGGGACGUCACUGCGACGUGGUUCGAUCCAGAGGACUCCGAGCCUGCAGAGGAAAGCUGAUAAGCACAAUACUGGACUGGGAGGACGCUCUUCCAGACAAAGACCUGAACAGAGCGGAGGAGGCCAGCCGACGGGCCGACCUGGCGCUGACGCUCGGCACCUCCCUGCAGAUCAAACCUAGCGGAGACCUUCCACUCCUCACCAAGCGCAAGGGAGGGAAACUGGCCAUCGUCAACCUGCAGCCCACGAAACACGACAAGCAUGCGCACCUGCGUAUCCAUAGUUACGUGGACGACGUCAUGAAACAGCUGAUGGAGCUGCUGGGAUUGGACAUCCCAAAGUGGGAGGGUCCGACGCUCUGCGAGAGCUCCAACGGCGCCGCCACCGACGCCAAACCGCCGCGUGCAGUUCCAGAGAAGAAGACGAAGGUGAAAAGGGAGCCGACGAAGGGAGAGCGGAAAAGAGACGCGCCGGCACUGACGGACGACGGGAGCGUCAAGGAGGAGACGGCCUCGGUGAAGAGGGAGAGAGCCGACUCCCCGGUCCAGUUAAAAGAAGAGAAAUAGCCUCAGGUUGAACUCCACGACUCAAACCCGUCUAAAGACGGACUUCACGACAAAAGGGUCCGGGUUUGAUCAGCUUCCGAGUACAAAGGUCGUUCUCAUAUCGCACCUUCUGGAGCAAAGACUCUCAUAACCUCAGUGGUUCUGUUAAUCCCAAAUCUCACGACCCCCAUCCAGCCGCCACGCACAGCGAUAUGAAACUCUUAACAGUUGACCACCUGAUGAAGUAAACUACGACUAAAGGAUGACUCCUCAUCGAGUAAAUGUACCAACACGCGGGCCGACUAGGGGCUUUAUUUGAACCAGCCUUGAGGAGGAGACCUGGAGCACACAGUUAUGAAUACAAAAGGUGUGUACGCUUGUUGCACUUUAGAUCUCAUCCCUACGGAUCCAGAUGUUAAAGACAGCGCCUGCUGCUGUGUGGCUAUAGACGGACCAUAAUCACACUCUACGUUUCAGGAAUGUUUUUUUUUAUCUCAAGAAAAGUAAAAUAUUGUAUUCUGAGGGGAAAAAGUCCCCUAACUGUUUUUUUAUAUAUAUACGUGACUUUUGGCAAUAAACACAAUAAGUUCCCGGUGA